AUGAGGGAUCACCACGCCGACGACUGGGACGACAACGACAACGAACACGACGCCGAAAACAUGCCUCUCCGUGCGCCGUUUCACGCCUCGGAGGAAGGGCAUUCUCACCAGCCGUUGUUGAAGGAGGAUGGCCGAGGCAGGGACUCGAAUACAUUCCCCGAUGCGCUGGAUGGCCAACCGACGAGGCCGCCCAACUCUCGCCGGUCGACUUUUCGCAGUCGAACACCGGACUUGGAGGAGAAAAAUGUGACCCGGAAGAAAUAUAUCAUUGCAUCUGGAUUCUUGCUUUUGAGCUUGAUCAGCUUUGUUGUGCAGACCGAAACCGCGGUGUACAUUCAGCAUGAACUGCACUGGAACAAGCCGUACUGCAUGCUGUACUUGACACACGGUUCUUGGUCUCUGCUCUGGCCGGUCCAGCUCCUCAUCCUCCGCAUCCAGAAACGAAAAUUGUCUUGGGACGCAUUUUGGCGACGACAUGUGCUCCUUAUACGAACAACUGCUCAAAUGGUCGAGAGACAAGACCUCCACUUGCACAGUCGAGACGAUCACCGAUCGCCCGUACCAUACAUGGUGAAAACAACCGCUAUCAUCACAAGCGCUCUAACUAUCGCCGGUGGCUCCUGGUACGUGGCAGUUAAUAUGACUACCGCCAGCGACUUGACGGCUAUAUACAACUGCUCUGCUUUCUUUGCAUAUGCCUUUUCGGUUCCUCUUUUGAACGAUCAACUGCGUUUUGAUAAGAUAUUUUCGGUGGUUGUAGCCAUUGUUGGUGUGCUGGUGGUGGCUUACGGCGAUUCUGGCCCAGUAGAAGGUGAGGGCAAGGGCAGUGCCGACAAUCGCAUGCUAGGAAACCUCGUUAUUGGCCUUGGUAGCAUCCUGUAUGGGUUGUAUGAAGUGCUAUAUAAGAAGCUGGCAUGUCCGCCAGAGGGCACAAGCCCUGGACGAAGCAUGAUCUUUGCCAAUCUUGUGGGCACCUUGAUUGGGUGUUUUACUUUGUUUGUUUUAUGGAUUCCUUUGCCGAUUUUGCACUGGACGGGUCUCGAGACAUUCGCUUGGCCUACAGGCGAGGCUGCGUGGAUGCUUCUUAUUUCCGUCCUCGCCAAUGCUACCUUCUCCGGUUCGUUCCUGGUCUUGAUUUCGUUGACCUCGCCCGUUUUGUCGUCUGUUGCGGCGCUCCUGACCAUCUUCCUCGUUGCAAUUGUUGACUGGAUGGUGACGGGCAAGCCCCUGUCAGGAGCAGCCAUUGUCGGCGGCGUCCUCAUUAUCGUUGCUUUCCUGCUGCUGAGCUACAGCACGUAUCGCGAGUUGGACGAGGAGCGAAAGCGGCGCCUGUUGGACGAAGGCCCGGAUUCGGACAGCGACGAAUAG